UAAACUUAAGCUUGACGAUAACUAUUUAGAAACUGUUAUUGAUAUCAUGAAGGAAAGAAUAACUGCGCUGGGUGAACUGCCCGCCUUCGCUUCGUACUUCUGGGACUUCCCUAGGAAACUUCUCCUCCAACCCCAGACGGUCGAAUGGAAAUCGAAAAUAUACAACAGCCAUCACGCUGGUGCACUGCAAGCCCGGCUGAGAGCCAUAGACCCCUUCGAUAAGGAGAACAUUCGCCAAGGGCUGAGAGAGCUGGCCACUGAACUAGGCCAAAGCGCCGGCAAUAUCAUGCAGCUUGCCCGCUUCUGCGUCACCGCUACAAGAGUCGGUGGGCCGGUCCCUGCCACUAUGGAGGCUCUGGGCAAGCAGGAGACGUGCCAAAGGAUCGAAAAAGUCAUUCAAACUUGGCAAUGAAUAACGACUUUUGCUACUCGUAUACAGAAAGACUAA